AACAGCUGAUUUUGACGUUUUCAAUCUUUGUGCAUUUCCCAUCAUUUAAAGGAAAACUUUGUUUUAUAAUUUUGUUUUAAGAAGAUAAUCAAAAAACUAAAAUGUUUUGUUGUUUGCGUACUUGCCUCAAUGGUAGUAUUAGGAAAACCACCUCAUCAGCAAAUCGCCAACGUGAGCCAGAAAUAUACCUGGAUUCCUCGUUUGCAGGACCAGAUGCCAUACUACUCUCAAAACAGCUGCGCAUCACCGGCUCUGGCGGUGCUUUGGCUACUGCACCACUUGUACAGUCGAAGUCCUACUUUGAAAUAAAGAUCCAACAAAGCGGCAGCUGGUCAGUCGGCCUAGCAACGCGACAGGCAGAUUUAACGAAAAAGUUUGGCGGCUGUGACAAGGAAUCUUGGUGUCUGUGUUCAGAUAAUUCAACGCGACAUAACGAUGAAGUUUUCCGUCCGGUAGUGAUAACCACCCAAGAACCAACUAGUGCUAGCAAACCACUUAUUAAUGGCACUGCCGCAGCUGCAGGUCUGAUUGGCAUCGAGGAUGUACCUGAAGAUAACCUACUUAGCAAUAAUGUAAACGUUAAUAGCGAAAUUGGAGACAACUUGAUAAUGCAGCCACAACACAGUUUUCCAGAAGAAGGAGACAUUGUGGGUAUAGCAUUCGAUCAUAUAGAAUUAAAUUUCUACUUUAAUGGUAAAAGCCUGGAAGUGCCGUUUCGUAAUGUAAAGGGGACUGUCUACCCCGUUAUAUUCGUCGGAAAUGGAGCGAUUUUAGACAUUAUUUUGGAUAAAUUUCACUACGAACCACCACCAGGCUUCGACAAAAUCAUGCUAGAACAAUCUCUGCUUUAAAGCUUUCUGAAUUUUAAUAACGGACAUAAGUUACAGUAUUAAGUCAGAAAUAGUCAUAUUUAUCUCAAAAGAUAUAACUGAACACAUUGUAUUAUAUCUUGAAUUGUUCCAAUACACCAACUUAAUAAUAUGUAUGUAAAUAGAACUUGUACAUUAAUUUAAGAGAAUAUAUUAAUUAGGUAUGCAUACAUAUGUAUAUUGCUCUUCAACCUAGUCAGUGUAACAAUUUAAGUAUUAAAUGACCGUUUGCCAUUUCCUCGUUACAUAAAAGUCACUUAAAAUUCCACUUACAUGUCAACAAAAGACUUAUCCCUAUACUGCAUCUAAUAUAUUUUAUAUCAAAAUUAUAUACCUUCCUAAGAAAUAAUGUUGAAUAAUUUUGUAAUAUAAUCAUAAAAACUUUGUAUAAAAUGUAUUUGGCUUUGUCGCUUUAUAGUUAAGUUCAUUUACUAUACAUACAUUUAGAAUAAUUAACUCGCUUUUCUCCAGCAUAAUAUCUGCGAAUUUAAAAAUUCAAAAAAAAAAUUAAAUACAUACAUUCCGAAUAUAACUCAUAACUGUAUCAUAUGUACAUAAAGAGCAUAUAGGUAACUAAUAAAAUUGCAUAAUAAACAAACAUAAAGUAAAUCAAUCGCGGAUCUAUAAACUCAUAAAGCGGACAAUAGGGUUAACCGUUAAUUAGGCGCAUAAAGAAAAUCACAAAAUUAGUCCCCAGUGACCCCGACAAAAGUGUUAUAAAAGGAGUUUCCGAAAUGAAAAAAAAAACGAAGUGUGUAUUAACAAAAAUAUUAAAGUACAUACACUAUUAUCGUUAACUUGAAAAAAUAAAAACACAAUUUCGACUUCAAACUUAAAAAAAAUUAAAACUUACUUCCCCAAAAAAAUGUUACGUUAAUAGGCGCAUGCGGUCAGCCCUCAAGCGAGUAGCGAUACAUGUGUACACGGCGAUGUUCUAACCGUGACUAAAUAAAUAAAACGAAAUGUACAUUGUCAUAAAUAUUAAAGCUCUUAAUAAUUAUUAUAGUUAACUUUGAGAAAGAAAAUCAUAACUUUGACUUCAAACUUAGAUACUAAAAUAAAUAAGUGGUCUCUUGGGGUCAGCGCUUAAAAGAGUAGCAACAAAGUGUACCCGCCGAUGUUGUGGCCGUGACUUAUUUACGUACCCUGCGGGGAGUUAGGAAACUAGACAGAGCGCGAGCACGCUCCAAGCACUCCAAGCCAUUUUUUUCAACUUGAAAUGACUUUGA